AUGGCAGACAUAGAGGAUACAUCUGCGGUCCUGCAGGGCAUUGACACGAUCAACAGCCUCGAGGGUCUGGAAGAAGAUGGUUACCUCAGUGACGAGGACACGUCACUCAGCUAUGAGCUGGCAGACGCGCAGCGUCAAUGGGAAGAGUCGCUGCUUCAGCUGAGCAAACUGCUCAACUGGGUGUUGCUGCCCCUAUUGGGCAAAUACAUGGGCAGGAGGAUGGCCAAGACUCUAUGGAGUAGGUUCAUCGAGCGCUUUGUAUAG